CCCGCGACCUCCCUCCGAGUGGCCGUGCGCGCGACAACAGUGGUGUGUGUACAGUUAGCUAGCCGGCUGCAGGUCGUCGACCGCACGAGACGAGCAUGACCGUCCCGCUGUGUUCUCAGCUCGCCUGCCCGCUUUGACCUCUUGGUUCAGGCAUCGUGCAGCGUGGGCGGCAUGCGGUGCGGCGCGUGGGGCGCGUGCAGCGGCGCCGGAAACCGCUGGCGAAACGCGCGACUGCGCUGGCUAGGCGCGCUGCUGGUGUGGGCGGCGCUGCUGGCGCUGGCCAUGCCGCGCCUUAGCCCGCCCGAGCCGCGCGCGCCGCCACCGCCCGCCGCGCGCUUGCUGCUGCAGUCCGAACCCGCUGCGUCCACGCCCGGCCUGGCCACUGCCCCGCCGCUGCCCGCCACCGACACGCGCGUGCUGUCGGAGAUGGAGUUGGUGGAGGACGCCGAGCGGCGUCUGCCCUCGCUGCCGCUGGCCUACUGGCAGCGGCACCGCAACGACAAGAACAAGUUCUAUAAAAAGAAAGAAUGUGCGCCUUUCCCCAACAUCUACGACCUCGAGUUCCACAACACGUACUGGCAGACGCUACGCGCCUCCGUCGGCACCUUCCACCUUUACGGGGCGUACCUCGACAAGCGCAACUCGUCGCGCAUCGGGCCGGCCGUUCGCAUGCUCGCCGUGUACGACCGCAUCAAGCCCUCGCUGGUGACGCACUGUCAGCUCUGGUUCGAGGACCGCGCUGCGCCCGUCAUAGUGCGAAAUCUCGAAUACAAGUACGUGUGGAACCACAAGUGGGGCAACUACCGCGACGGCGUGCUGCAGCCGUACCUGCUGGCGUGCGUGUUGCCUCCGGAGGUGCGGGACUCGGUGCCCGCCUCUGUCAGCCUGGUGGAAGCGGCGUGCGACCGCGCCACCAACAACCUGCGCGUGCACUACGACGCGCCCGCUUCUCCCGAGGGUCGCAAGGACGUCGCGGUCUGCGUCAAAGGGCUCGACUUCUUGCACGAGGACCUCUCGGUGCGCCUCGUCGAGUGGAUCGAGCUGGUGCGCCUGAUGGGCGCCGACAAAAUAUUCUUCUACGAGCUGCAGGUCCACCCGAACAUCACUAAAGUUCUGCGACACUACCAGGAGCUCGGCGUGGUGACCGUCACGCCGAUCACGCUGCCGGGCGGGCAGCCCAACCUGCCGGGCCUGCAGCACAUGUACCUCAAGAAGAAGAUGACUCACAAGCGGCAGAUGGAGCUGAUCCCCUACAACGAUUGCCUCUACCGGCAUCUCUACCGGUACCGGUGGCUGGCGCUGCUGGACAUCGACGAGGUGAUCGUGCCUCUGGAGGACCCGGACUGGCCGGCGCUGAUGCGGCGCGUGGAGCCGCUGGCGGCGCCGGCGGCGGGCAAGCCCGCGCGCUCCUCCUACCACGCGUCGAACCUCUACUUCCUGGACUCGCUGCGGCACGAGCACGGCUGGGAGGAGAGCGUGCCGCGCUACAUGCACAUGCUGCAGCACGUGUACCGCACGCGCAACUUCACCAAGCCCGGCCAGUACGUGAAGGCGUUCCACGAGACGGAGCGCGUGCUGGCGCUGCACAACCACUUCCCGCUGGCGUGCCUGGGCGGCGCCUGCUCGUCCUUCGCCGUGGACACGCGGCACGCGCGCCUGCAGCACUACCGCGCCGACUGCGUGUCGGCGCUCAGCAAGUCGUGCGCCGAGCUGCGCGCGCAGCCCGUGCGGGACGCGGCGCUGUGGCGCUGGCGCGGGCCGCUGACGGCGCGCGUCGACCGCACGCUGCGCGCGCUGGCCUUCCUGCCGCCGCAGCGGUGACGCCCGCCGCGAGCCCUCCCGCGUUAUCAAAUGCUAGCAUUAAAUGUAUCUCAUAGUCGACCCGGCCUUUGCUUCCGCCGCCUCCCGCCUUUGCGGAACGUAGGGUCCGCCUUCCUACCGGCACGUUUAGCUGAACGCGAGAGAACCCCUGAAUAAUAUUUAAAAAAUGCGUUUUGAUUAAGUAAUUUCUACUUUUUCUAUAGAGGUUGCGUUUUGACGCUUCACGCCAGAAACGCAAAAUGCCAAACGGGCAGAAUGCCAGAUUCUCAGGAAACCAAACGUCCCUGCCAGGAAU